AUGGGAGCUCGAGUUGCUGCUGCUAAUGCUGCCGCUGAACAAAAGCUUCGACUUCAAUCCCAGCAGAUUUUGCUCCAGCAACAACAACUUUUGCUUCUUCAGCAGCAGCAGCAACAACAACAUCAAACUCAACAUCAGCAACAACAACAGCAGCAAUCUCAGCCGUUGCAACAACCCCAGGCUCAGCAUGCCUCGAAGCAUCAACCUCACUCUUCUAGCAAGGCAGGACGCCCCAAGCCACCCCAUAGUGGAAGACACUCCAAAGGAGGUCAAGAUUCGGUCAGAGGACAUGGAGAAGCUGAUCAAGCAUCUUCGUGGUCAAGCUCGCAUGGUAGUCCGCCAAAUGGCCCUCAUAGGCAUUACCAUAAAGAAGAUGAAUCCGAUGCGGAUGCUCAUCCUAAUGAAGGGGGCCAUGGUCAGCGUAGUGCAUUGUUGGAGGAUUUCAGGAACAAUAAGAGCAAUAAGAAGUACGAGCUAAAGGAUAUUGCUGGAAGUGUUGUUGAGUUUAGUAGCGACCAACAUGGCUCUCGUUUUAUUCAACAGAAGCUUGAGACGGCUAGCGAUGAGGAGAAGCAAAUGGUCUUUGAAGAGAUUAUGCCUCAUGCUCUUCAGCUUAUGACAGAUGUCUUUGGUAAUUACGUAAUUCAAAAGUUUUUCGAGCAUGGACAACAGGACCAAAAGACCGCGCUAGCGAAACAGAUGGAGGGUCAUGUCCUAUCUUUGGCACUCCAGAUGUAUGGAUGUCGUGUUGUUCAAAAGGGACUAGAGCAUGUCCACACGGAACAACAGGCAGUUCUUGUCAAAGAGCUAGAUGAGAAUGUACUUAGGUGUGUUAAGGAUCAAAAUGGAAACCAUGUUAUCCAGAAGGCUAUCGAAUGUGUUCCAGCAGAACACAUCCAGUUUAUUAUCAAUUCGUUUACGGGACAGGUCUUCUCCCUGGCCACUCAUCCUUAUGGUUGCCGAGUCAUUCAACGCAUGUUCGAACAUUGUGCUGACACAAAAACUCCCUUAAUGGAUGAACUUCACAAGUACAUUCCUAAUUUGGUUCAAGACCAGUAUGGCAACUAUGUAAUUCAGCAUAUUCUUGAGCGUGGUAAGCCCUCCGAGAAGGCACUUGUAGUCUCCAAAAUCUUUGGACAGGUCCUGCAACUGAGCAAGCACAAGUUUGCCAGUAAUGUUGUUGAGAAGUGCGUUGCUUAUGGAUCCAAGUCAGAUCGUCAAAAAUUGAUCGAGGAAGUCAUUACGACCAAGCCUGAUGGCACAUCGCCUCUAGUUUUAAUGAUGAAGGACCAGUUUGCCAACUAUGUGGUCCAGAAAAUGCUGGAUGUUGUAGAUGGACCUCAAAGAGAUGUUUUGGUGACCAAGAUCAAACCUCAUCUGCCUUCGCUCAAGAAGUAUACCUACGGAAAGCACCUUAUCUCAAGUAUGGGUCUUUUUUUUUUUUUUUUUUUUCUUCACUUGUUUAGCGAUGUGAAAAAAAAAAAAAAAAAAAAAAAAAAAGGAAAUGGAUCGUCGACUAAUUUGUUCCUUUUUUCUUUCUUUUUUUUUUAA